GCCCGACGUGUGUCCUCCGAGAGAAUGUGCUAAGUGAGAGUCACGUCACUGCAAACAAUGCUCUUCCAGGACGACCGAGAUAUUGAAUUGACAGGUCGCUAUCGUCAGUUUCCAUCCGGCUCUGACACUGAUUAUGUUCACGCCCUUCAUCCGAGUCUGUCUGAAUGCCGGAAAGUCACCCAGGAGCCGGAGUCUUGGCUGUGAACAUCCUGUGUCGUAUCGGUCCUGUAAUGUGGCAACAAAAUAAUUCCGAGAUCCAGGCGCGAUUGUCUUUCUCACAAGUCACCUUCUUGGAAAGGACCCGCGGUCUCGAAACGAUAAAAGGUCUCAAAUUGUAUGUCUAAAACUUCGCGCUUCAUAUUUUCUCUACGCCAAGCGGGUAGUUUCUCUUCGCGACUUACGCACAAUGUCUACCAAACCUGCCUUGGCUUACAAUGACGCAGAGAAAGGGACACUAGACCACUCUCCUCAGGUCGCCGAUCUCGCCAAGGACGAGAAGAAGGCAACAGACAUUGAGGUGUUCGCCGUGCAGUCUCUCAAGAAGGAUGCGCCAGCUCCUGCUAAACCAGCACAUAAGCGUCCACCCUUGUGGGUGCUUUGGAUUAUCUGGUACGAUAGUUAUAGGCGAUUCUUCACCGUCGUUUUCACAGUGAAUUUCAUUGGGCUUGGUUUUGCCAUUGCUGGAGCUUGGCCAUACGCUGCAAAAUAUCCUGGUGCUUUGGUCGUUGGUAACUUGAACGUUUCGGUUCUUGUACGUAACGAGAUAUUUGGGCGUUUUUUGUAUUGGUUCGUCAACACCUUCUUCGCCAAGUGGACUCCCCUAUAUUUCCGCCUUGGGUGUACUUCCACUCUUCAGCAUCUCGGUGGUAUCCACAGCGGAUGUGCAAUCUCCGGUGUAGCUUGGAUAGUCCUCAUGGUCGUGCAUCAAUUUAAGCAGAAGUAUUUGUUCAACGACUCUAUACUUGCCUUCGGUGUAAUUUGCACAAUUGUGUUGUUCAUCACGAUUUGUGCAGGUCUUCCGUGGGUAAGGAAUUCCCAUCACAAUGUGUUUGAGAGGAACCAUCGUUUCUUCGGAUGGACUUCCUUGGGCAUGACCUGGAUAUACACUAUCCUGACUAAUGCAUACAACACUGCGGAUGGAAAUUUCGACCACAUCGGAAGAUAUGUCGUCCAACAGCAAGCGUUUUGGUACUCUGUUGGCAUGUCCACGUUCAUUGUUCUACCUUGGAUUUGCACGAGACACGUCAAGGUCGACAUCGAACUACCCUCUCCGAAAGUCGCUGUUCUCCGCUUCGAGCGCGGUAUGCAACAGGGUCUGCUUGCUCGUAUCAGCCGCUCAAUGGUCAAGGAAUACCAUGCCUUCGGUACUAUCUCCGAGGGUACUCAUGCCAAAUAUCACUACCUGAUUUGCGGCGUGCAAGGCGAUUUCACUAAGAGCCUGGUCAACGACCCGCCGAGAAGGAUCUGGACUCGUGAGCUGAAGAUCGCCGGUGUCUCUAACACGUCGACCCUUUACAAGCGUGGUAUUCGUAUCUGCACUGGAACCGGUCUCGGUGCAGCCCUUUCUACUUGCAUUCAGUCCCCAUACUGGUAUCUGAUUUGGAUCGGCUCCGACCAAGAGAAGACGUUCGGCCCAACCAUCAGUGGUCUCAUCCACAGGCACGUCGGUCCAGAACGUCUCCUCCUUUGGGACUCCAAGGUCCGUGGUGGUCGUCCACCCACCAUGAAGAUCUUGAAGGAGGUGUACGAAUACUGGCAGGCGGAGGUUGUCUUCAUCACUUCCAACUACGUGGGUAACUUUGAGAUUCAGCAUGGUUGCAAGGAAGCUGGGAUUCCUGCAUUCGGAACUCUUUGGGACUUUGUGAGUGACUCUCCAGAAUUUUGUUGCUGA